UGGACGGGUCCGGGUCUCGCCGGAGGUCGUCGGCCAUGUGGAGCUGCGCGGGGCGCCGCCGUCGCCGGCUGCUGGCGGGCCUUUUCGUGCUGCUGCUGGCCGCCGUCGCCAUCCGCAGGUACAACUUGACGAACAUAAUUCCCAUGCGGUUCUGGGGCCGAGUGCUGGGCUUACAGGCCAAGCACUCGCAGUUCCUGCUGGAGGAGAAGCCCUUUCGCAUCCUUGGCGGCUCAAUGCACUAUUUCCGCAUCCCCCGGGAAUAUUGGAGGGACCGCUUGGUGAAGAUGAAGGCCUGCGGCCUGAACACCCUCACCACGUACAUACCGUGGAACCUUCAUGAGGCCGUCAGAGGGAAGUUUGACUUCAGCGGAAAUUUGGAUGUGCAGGCUUUUCUUGGGAUAGCAGAAGAAGUCGGACUAUGGGUCAUUCUGCGUCCCGGACCGUAUAUAUGCUCAGAGUGGGACCUUGGUGGCCUGCCCAGCUGGUUGCUUCAGGACCCUGAAAUGCAACUGAGGACAACCUACAAGGGUUUUACCGAGGCUGUAGAUUCUUACUUUGACAACCUCAUGCCCCAGGUGGUCCAUCUUCAGUACAAGAAUGGAGGGCCAAUUAUAGCCGUGCAGGUGGAGAAUGAGUACGGCUCCUAUGCCCAAGACCAGAAUUACAUGGCCUACAUAAAGCAGGCUCUGCUGAGCAGGAACGUGGUGGAGUUAUUGGUGACCUCGGAUAAUAAAGAUGGCCUGAGUGCUGGCAUCGUAGAAGGAGCCUUGGCCACGAUCAACUUUCAGAAGAUGGAGCCGGGACUCCUGUCCUCCCUCAACAAACUGCAGCACGACAUGCCAACGAUGGUGAUGGAGUACUGGACUGGUUGGUUUGACAGCUGGGGAGAACCUCACAAUGUCUUCGAUGCAGACGAGAUGCUGGAAAGGGUGGAGGGCGUCCUCCGGGCUGGAGCCUCCAUCAAUCUGUACAUGUUCCACGGAGGCACCAAUUUCGGAUUCAUGAACGGCGCCCUACAUUUUAACGACUACAAGGCAACCAUCACCAGCUACGAUUACGACGCUGUGCUUACCGAGGCUGGAGAUUACACCGCCAAGUACUUCAAACUGCGCAAGCUUUUUUCCAGCAUGAUAGAGACGCCGCUCCCUCCACCUCCGAUAAUUUCACAUAAAGCAUCCUACGGGGCCAUCCUGAUGCAGCAAUACAUCUCACUGUGGGAAUUGUUGUCGGGAAUGGAGAUUGUGAAGUCAGAAUACCCUAUUAACAUGGAGAACUUGCCAAUAAAUAAUGGCAAUGGGCAGGCAUUUGGCUACACCCUCUAUGAAACGGUCAUCCUCGGUGGAGGAACCCUCUAUUCCCGUGAUUACAUCCGAGACCGAGCACAGGUGUUUGUUAAUACUCGAUACAUUGGCCACCUUGAUUACAAUGUACAGGAGCUGCCCAUUCCUAACCGACAGGGAUAUAGGCAGCUGCAAAUUUUAGUCGAGAACUCUGGGAGAGUAAACUAUGGGCUUAAUCUGAACAACCAACGGAAAGGCUUAAUUGGUGACAUUGUUUUCAACAAAACCUCCUUGAGAAACUUCAAGAUUUACAGCCUUGAAAUGAAACCCAGCUUCAUGGAAAGUCUACGAGGAGCAUCUCCUUGGAGUGCCAUCCCUGACAGCGCGGUGGGGCCUGCCUUCUUCCGAGGGACACUCCAAGUACAGUAUGUGCCCCAGGACACUUUCCUGAAGCUCGAGGGCUGGGAAAAGGGAGUUGUGUUUGUCAAUGGCCAGAACCUUGGUCGCUACUGGAAAAUCGGUCCUCAGGAAACACUCUACCUCCCGGGAACCUGGCUCCAGCAAGGGUACAACGAAAUCGUCAUAUUUGAGGAGCGUCUUGGAGGCCGUAUCAUCCAUUCCACAGACCUGGCUUUUUUGGGGAGGGUUCAGUACGUGACCUGAGCUCUUCCUGAUUGCCCCACCCUCUACUGGUAGUAAUGGUUAAGGUUAUGCGUCUUAACUGAUGGUGGGAGGUAACAGAGUCUCGAUGCGGACCUGCCUCCCCUCCCGUUGUGAAAACUGUGCCCCGUAUCCUUAUAUUUUCUAGUUAUGGGUGGAGUUUGGCCGAGGAAGGCCCCCCCCCGGUCAGUUAAUUUAGGAGGUUGACGAAGAGUUCCUGAAGAAAGAAGGAUGCCCAGAUAGUUAGGAACGUUCUCCUAAAGGAGCUCAAACUUUACUACAAGUUCUCGUGUAAACACUAGAUGCUAAGGACCUGACAAAGGAACGAAUGUUCACGCGAAAGAUCCGAAGAAUUGGAAACAGCCGAUCUGCAGCGGGUUAGACUCAGACCGGCCUUUAGGCUGUGUCUGGAAAAGGAACGUUUUUUGGUUUUUUGCAUCUCUAAUAGUCCACGUUGGGUCUUUUCAGACAGUUGAAGCUGCCAGUCUCAGGUCCCUGAGUUGGUCCUUAGGAAAGGCUGCGAAGAAACGUUGUCGUUUAUUUUAUAUAUAUAUAUUUUGCAUUCUUUCGGUCGUUUCCAACCCAGAUCAUAAACGAAGGACCGCCAUGUUUGGGCAUAUAAAUGGGGGACUUCCAUGCAAAGCCAACAGGAAUUGCAUUUCAGCGAUGUGUUGAUGGAUUUUUGACGGUGGGCAGGUUGGAAUUGGACCUCCCCCAAGCUGCACAGAACGCCGGUGACCUCUGGAAGCCCCUUGCCCCACGCCCCUCGCAACUCUCUCCCCAGCUCGGCCACAUGGAGGACCGCCAAUUAUAAAGGGUGGGUGCUAGGCCAGGAGUGGGUGGGAUCGGGAUGUACCUUCACACGCACUCACCUGCUGCUAAACUCUCGGAGCGCCCCUUUGAGCCAGGAGGAAGGUCCAACUUGAGCCCCCCCAUGUGUAGAGAGCCCACCACCAAAGACCAACCCCAAACGGUGCCGUUUCAGAAAAUAGACACGUCUGGAAAAACAUCACACCAUGUUUCACAUCCCCAGGUUGCGAUUCUGUGCGGCGGGCUUCGUCCGUUUUGCCACAGGAGCCCCUCCCUCCCUCAGCAAAAUGGGGCUGGCAACUCUCGCUAUAUCCACAGCCCUCCUUUUAGCUUUUCUCGAUUGGAUCUCCUAAAGGGGAAUGAGUCCCCAGUCCGAACACGGCUCCCUUUUGGAGAUAAUCCUCGGAUUAGGACGGCUUGCGUCAAGAAUUCGACCGCGUCUCCUUUGCUUCCGAGGGAGGGGGUCUGAAGGAUUGGAGAUUCAGCCCCGGAAAGGGUGCUUUUGAAUGCAUUUCGGAAUAAUUAGAAGAGGAAUUGGAUCUGUUUUUUUUAAAAAUGAUCUUUUUUGUGCCUUUUUUUUUUUUUAAAAAAAAAGAGGGACAGAAAGAGAAAAGGCAACAUGGAUGGCUACAUUCCCCCAAUAUGACGAUCCCCUCAUCCAGGGGUCCUCAAAAAUUGACAGCUUUAAGACUUGUGGACUUCAGCUCCCAGAAUCCCUCCUCCAGUCCUGUUAGCUCGGGAAUUCUGGGAGUUGAAAUCCACAAGUUUUAAACUUGCCAAGUUUGAAGACCCUUGCGUUAAAGUAAUACAAGAACAGGAAAUGCAUCACAGGAACAGUAGAGAUGAAACCUGGAGGGGCAAUGUGAUACAGGAAACCACUGCAAUAGAGGGGAAUGGUAGAGCUGCAGGGGUCUUCUAACUUGACAGCUUUCAGACGUGUGGACUUCAACUCCCAGAAUCCCUCCUCCAGUCCUGUUAGCUUGGGAACUCUGGGAGUUGAAGUCCACAAGUCUUAAACUUUACAGGUUUGAAGACCCUUGCCCUAAUAUGAUGCCCUCCCAAGUGCCUUGAGGCAUAACCUGUGACCCCAGAAGGCCAGUGGAUGAUGGAUUUUGUAUUCCCUACUAACCUUGGAAGCACCGGUUGGAAAAAGGCGCUUUAAGCCAUAAAUGUCCAGUCUUCGUGUCCCGCUGUCUCAUCCAUCAAUCAAGACCUCAGUUUCCCUGUUGGAGCCAAGGGUUGUAAAUAACCGUGGACACAAUCGGUGUCUGAUGUUGACCUCCAGCCAGCCUGCCAUUGGUUGUAUGUUGCAGGCACCUAUCCAAACACGCGUGCCCACACCCAAAGUAAAUCUGGCGCCUGGUUUUCCAGCGAUCGUUCAAGUUGAUUGUUUACAAGGCUGUUUGAAUUGUGACCCUUUAUAGCUUAAAGCCUUGUGGACUUCAACUCCCAGAAUUCCCCAGCCAGGCCAUCAUGGCUGGCUGGGGAAUUCUGGGAGUUGAAGUCUACAGGUCUUAAUGUUGCCAAGGUUGGCCACCUUUUCUUUAGCCACCGCAGGCCCAAACAAUGUUGAGGUCUUUUCUGGCUGUUGUUUCAUUCUAUUUAUGAAAUUAACUACAAUUAAAAAACUGAAAAAUAUAAGAAAGGUACAGCUGUUAAAAACACAAGACAAAAGAAGGGGAAAGCAGCACCCUUUCCACCUGUUCCACGCUCUGCAACUCCCUGGCACCCUGAUAGCAAAGAUUUGAAUCUUUGGAGGCCUCCAUCCGCCACGUGCUCCUUUGCAAAAAAAAACAAACAGGAGGAAAAUUGGGAUGAAUCACUGAAAUUUUCCUUCCGGUCUUACGAUUUGCUGCAGCCUGGCAGAAUUAUAGUCAUAAAAUGGAGAGAGAGGAAGGGUGAAAGAAGAAGAGAACACACAUACACACACACACCAGCAGAAAGAACAGCAAUUGGGAAGACGUGCUUCGGUGAGAAAACUGAAUUUCCUUUUUUUUGUUGUUAAGG